AGGAUAUGCCGGUACGUCAUAACAUUGACGUAAUGCAUGUGGAAAAGAAUGUGUCUGACGCCAUACUAUCCAUGUUGAUGCAUAGUGCAAAGUCAAAAGAUGGUGUUAAAGCUAGGCAAGAUUUAGAAGAUAUGGGGAUUCGCAGCUCCUUACACACUGAGACUGUGUCAGCGUGUGAUUGAUCCUGAAAAGCUACUGGAACUAGAGAGUGAGCUUGUUGAGACAAUGUGUCAGAUGGAGCAGUUCUUUCCCCCAUCACUCUUUGAUAUAAUGUUCCACCUCCCUAUACAUCUAGCUAGAGAGGCACGCUUGGGAGGGCCAGUACACUUUAGAUGGAUGUAUCCAUUUGAAAGGUACAUGAAAACACUUAAGUCCUACGUUAAAAAUUUUGCACGACCAGAAGCAUGUAUGGCUGAGGGUUACAUGGCAGCAGAAUGUAUUGCCUUCUGCAUGGAAUUUCUUCAAAAAUCUGUACCAGUUAAUCAACCUGCGAGUCGUAAUGAAGAUGUUGAUUUAGAUGAUGACAUCCUUGAAGGCCGUCCAAUCCAGAGAUCCAAAGAUGUUCUACUUUCUGAUAAAGAGCGAGACAUCGCACAUAGAUAUGUUCUAAUGAACACAACAGUUAUGGAGCCAUAUAUUGAGUAAGUGGAUAAAUUGAAUACGUAAUAUUUAUGAUUGUAUAUGUGUGUUUAUAUUUAUUGUUACUGCUAUGUCAGUUUGCAUUUGGAAGCGUUGCAAGAGAAAGAUCCUCGUUGUCGGCAAAAUCAGACUCUGUUAUGGAAGUUACAUGUGGAACAGUUUACACAAUGGGUAAAGGAUAAGAUUUAUUCUAACCCAGAGGAGCAGUCGAAAAAGCUAAAAUGGUUAGCAUUUGGACCAAGAAAUUCAGUUGCAAGGUACAAAGGCUUAAUCAUCAAUGGACAUCGCUUUCAGAUAGAGUCGCUAAAGAGGAAGACUCAGAACAGUGGGGUAGCAUAUGAUGCUUUCAGUAUGUGUAUAUCGAGUGCAAAAGAUAGUAAACAUAUGGCAGAUAUAGUAUCCUACUGCGGAGUGAUAGAAGAGAUUAUACUACUCGACUACCAUAUGUUCCACGUCCCACUCUUCAGGUGUAAGUGGGCCAACAAAGGGCAUGGUUUGAAGGUGGAAGAUGGUUUUACGGUUGUGAACUUCCACUUAAGCCAAGCAGCAUUCCAAAAAGAUCCAUACAUUCUGCCGUCACAAGCAAAGCAAGUGUUUUAUUCCAAUGAUGACUCUUCUGAUUGGUCUGUGGUUAUGAGGGCACCACCUAGAGGGUAUCACGAGUUAGAGACAGAAGAAGAGUUUGCUGCUCCACCAGUAUUCGUCGAGGAGAAUGAAGAUUUGGGAAAUGAUUGUUCUGAUGAUGAGAGUUUCUGUUGUAGGGAUGAUUGUGAGGGGGUCUUAGUUGUGGAGUAAUAGGGAUAUGACUAGUAACUGGUUUUGGUUUGAUAUCUGGAUAUGACUAGUAACUGUUUUUUUAACGUUAGUUACAGGAUAAAGAUAAUGGAGUACGGGAUGAUUCAACGUCGCAGUAAGCGCCAACGAGGACUAGAUGCUAGCGUUGAACCACUUAAGUCUGGGAAGAAACGCACGUUAUUGAAUGCAAUUGUAGACGAAGAGCAAACACAACAUCAAGCAGAGCAUCAUACAGAAGAAGAGCAUCAAGAAGAAGAGAUUCAAGAAGAAGAGCUUCAAGGAGAAGAGCAGCCAAAAAAGGACUUCAGAAAAGAUAAAGAAAAAAUUCCAGAAGCUGCAGAGGACGAACAUAACUCAAAGCCGAAGUCAAGGAGAGGAAGAGGACCAACCAGAUUGAGUAGAGUUGCUAAAAAUCAUGAGGAUAAGAUCGACAUUGAAUUUAACACUCUCGGUGAGCAUAUUGGAGAUGGCUCAGUGCUACUUUCAUCCUUUCUGGGUAUUCUUGUGAGAGAGCAUGUACCAGUGUUACUCGAAGACUGGAGGCAACUCGAUGAACUUACAAGAGACACAAUGUGGGAGGAAAUUCAGGCAAGGUUCAACUUGAAAGAACAAUGGCAAAAGGAUGCUAUUAUAAAACAAAUGGUCUCUUCAGGGCAUCAAAAUCACGGCUGGUGGCCAAUAUCCGUGCUAUAA